CGCUUAUCAAUUAGCGAAUACUUUUGGAUAUCAUACUUAAAUAGCAAGAAAGAAUGUUCAAAUGGAAGUGAAGCUUCGGAGAUCCGUUUUACACAAUGUUCAAUGCGCAAUACUUUCGGAUUACGCUUCCUUUAUUUAUUCUUUAAUAUACCUUUUUUGUAUCUGCAGCGAGAAACGCUUAUUGGUCAAUUAAAGACUAAUCGACGGGAUAUCGAGUUAAGUUUCGAUGAACUGGAUAUGUAUGAGGAAACACAGGAUGCCAACUAUGACAAAUUUAUGGAAAGUAUAGCAACACGUCGACGUCUUGCCGCUGAAAAAGUUGCUCCCAUACCAGUAUCUGAUGGAGCAAAGAGCGGAUUAGCAUUUGGUGAAGGACGACCAAUACCAUUUGGUCCGAAUUGUCAUUCUCCGGCUUGCCUACCAUCUAAUGUCACUACGCCUUCACCAAACGUUGCAUCUCCCUCCUCCAUCAGAAGUCAUUCAGCAAAUUCAAUAAAUCAUUCGGAUGCUUCGGUCACCUUACCACCCUUACAAGCAGAUAACAGUGAGUGGAUAAUAAACAAAAGCGCAUCUAUAAACGACACCUUAUCGAAUCACAUGGGUAAUAGCGAUGAAGAAGUGAAUAAUAUGGUGACUACGUACGAAGAAGAUGUACCAUCUGAGGACGAAUCGGAAAUUGGGAAAAUGAGCAUAGCACGAAAACGAACGAUGACAUUGAACAGUUCUGGCUUACAGUCACCCGACAAACUGAGACAUGAACCACAGACACCGAUGGCAUACAAAUUACCGAUUGGUAAUUCAGCAGAUAGCAUAGCUGAAAGCGUUCAAAAGGAAGUCUCCGACAAUAAAAUGUAUCCGGAAUCUUCGAAUGAUGAUUUAGAUGCUUGGCUUAACGAUGCCGAUGAUAUGAAGGAUAAUACAGAAAUAAUAUAUAGAGAGCCAGAUGAAUCAGGCCCAAAUCCUUUGGUUGCUUCUAUACCUGCUGAUUCAGAAAGUGAAGACGAGAUUGGGCGUCAUCCUAUUAUCUCUACCAGAACUGAUGAGCCCUGUACGGGAAAAGAUGAUACAAAUGAAUCGAAAGCAAGAAUUGUUAAUAGGACUAUCGAUAUGAAGCCAAAAUCAAAAACGAAAUCCUCUUCAACGAAAAAGCCGUCAAGCAGAAAGAGCGAUAAAGUUACCUCUAACAAAGGUAAAUUCGACAAAGGAAGUGUUCGUAAAGGUACCGAAAUGUUGAGUGCCAGAGAUUUUUUGGAUGGAGAGCCUAAUGUGGAUCCGAACAGUUAUGAUCCAUUAUAAUCCUCAUAUAAAUAAUAGUGGAUCGAAAAAUAUUGAACCUCACUUCUUGCUAACGAUCUUUCAUCACUAUUGUAAUAAUUUAAUUUUUGCAAAUUUCCAGUCCUCUCGCCGUUGAUAUCAAUUGCUGUAAUUAAUAACAAACUAUCCGUAAAACAUAUAACGGGUUGUAAAUCACGUGAAAGAUCCACGGAAGUAUCAAUCCAAAGUAUUAAUUCGGAUCGCUAAGCUUAGUCAUUCAGUAGCAUCUAUUAAUAGUGUCUUAUCAGCUUAUUUGAAGCUUCCAAGAAUGUACCCUAUUG